UCUCUACCACCUAACUUUUCAGUUUCAUCUUCCACAGAGUUCCACUUAACACCAUAGCCAUAAACACACAACCACCAUCGUUUCAACAAAAUGGAGAAUUCGACCCAAGAAUCCCAAAACUCGGUGACCUACGAAUCCCCAUAUCCAAUAUACGCAAUAGCGUUCUCACAAUCACAAUCGCACCCUCAACGCCUCGCCCUCGGAAGCUUCAUUGAAGAAUACACAAACCGCGUCCACAUCCUCUCCUUCAACCCCGACACCCUCUCCCUCAACCCUCACCCUUCUCUCUCCUUCGACCACCCUUACCCUCCCACCAAACUCAUGUUCCACCCUUCUCCUUCCCCACCCUCCUCCAACCACCUCCUCGCCACCUCCGGUGACUACCUCCGCCUCUGGGAAGUCCGCGAAUCCUCCGUCGAUGCCCUCUCCCUCUUCAACAACAGCAAAACCAGCGAGUUCUGCGCCCCUCUCACCUCCUUCGACUGGAACGACGUCGACCCCAACCGCAUCGCCACCUCCAGCAUCGACACCACUUGCACUGUCUGGGACAUUGAACGCGCUGUCGUCGAGACCCAACUCAUCGCCCACGACAAAGAGGUGUACGACAUCGCGUGGGGCCAAGCCAGAGUUUUUGCCUCUGUUUCCGCUGAUGGGUCUGUUAGGAUCUUCGAUUUGAGAGACAAGGAACACUCCACCAUUAUCUACGAGAGCCCUCACCCUGAUACCCCUUUGCUUCGUUUGGCUUGGAACAAACAGGACUUGAGGUACAUGGCUACUAUUUUGAUGGAUAGUAAUAAAGUUGUGAUUUUGGAUAUUAGAUCGCCCACUACACCUGUGGCUGAGUUAGAGAGGCAUCGUGGGGGCGUUAAUGCUAUUGCUUGGGCUCCUCAUAGUUCUAGGCAUAUUUCUUCUGCUGGGGAUGAUACACAUGCUCUUAUUUGGGAGUUGCCUACUAUGGCUGGUCCUAAUGGCAUUGAUCCCAUUUGCAUGUAUUCUGCUGCCUCUGAAAUUAACCAGUUGCAGUGGUCUUCGGCUCAGCCUGAUUGGAUGGCCAUUGCUUUUGCUAACAAGAUGCAGCUUUUGAAAGUUUGAGAAAUCCAUCCUGAAGGAUGUUUGCGUAUUUAAAGAAUUGUUACUGAUUUCUAUUUCCUCCAUGUCAAUGAUAAAUAAUGUUUCUGCUAGGUAAUUCUGGAAUAUUUAAUUGGUGCUGCUGAGAUUCUGGUGUAGGGCAAAGUAACUUUUAUUGCCUCCACCAUUUUCAUGUUGAAUAUCCAGUUUCUUGGAGUUGGGACUAUAUUAAA